AGCCUACCAUAUUCUGCAUAAAAAUUAAAAAAUUAAAAAAUUAAAAAGCCUUUCUUGUCAUGUUAAAGAAAGAAGAACUAAUUUUCCUAUACUUGAAAGGCAAACUGAACCUAAUAGGGCAAUUUCUUGAACCAUUUCUCAAGUCAUCUCCUUACCUAUAUGAAUAAAAGAUCUGAAAGGUAUCAGAGCACUAAUUUUGAGGAAAUGGAGAAGCUAAGAAGAGACUAGCUACUCUGGUGAGCUACAAUUACCCCAACACCAAGAACAAGCUGCAUGGAUGCAUCAAUGGCAUGCUCGCUAUGAAAAAUGUCUUGGUGAAAAGUUUUGGGUUUGAUGAUGCUCAUAUCAAGCACCUGAUUGAUGCACCAGGGUCCCCGAUUAUGCCUACUGGUGCAAACAUCAAGGCGGCACUUGACCGGAUAGUGUAUAAGGCUAAAGCAAGGGAUAUCUUGUUUUUCCACUAUAAUGGCCAUGGAACUAGGAUUCCUUCCAUGAAACAUGGCCAUCCCUUCAAACAAGAUGAGUUAGAAUUCUUGAGAACUAAGUCAACUAAGCUCUUAUAUGCAGAUCUUGACUUGAGACAACUGGUUAACCAUCUAUCCGAAGGCUUAAGCUUCAUGAUCCUUUUGGAUUCGUGUCACAAUGAAUGUCUCAUUGACAAGGAGAAGGAACAAAUUGGACCAUCUUCUAUCACAAAGAAUGAAAAACAACCAUUAUCUUACAAGUCCAAAACCAUUCCCUUCAAGUAUAACAAAUUGGAUUCAAUGUCCUCCAAACUGGAUAAAAGCAUUUUGCUAAGUGGGUUCCAAGCAAAUGAGACGUCUGUAGACAUGAGUGAGAGUGAGGGCGGAAGGAAGGCAUCUGGAGCGUUUAGCAAUGCGAUGCAAAUGGUGCUGAAGGAGAACUUGGGUUUGUUGAGCAACAAGGAAGUUGUGAUGAUGGCUAAGAAGGUUUUACAGGCAUAAUGGUUCGAGCAGCAUCCUUGCUUGUAUUGCAAUGAUGAUAAUGUUGAUGCUACCUUUUUGUGGUAACCUGAAUGUUAGCUUUUAUCCCAAGUUUACAUAGUUUCCCUUUGGGAUUCAUUAAUCCAUGGUUUCAAUUUGCAAGGUCGUGUGUUGGAAUAAUAAGUGAUUUUUAAA